AGGCUCCAACCAGGAAUGGAGACCCCAUUGGAUGUUUUGUCAAGGGCGGCAUCCCUGGUGCAUGCUGAUGAUGAAAAACGUGAAGCUGCUCUCAGGGGAGAGCCCAGAAUGCAGACCCUCCCCGUGGCCUCUGCCCUCACCAGCCACCGCACAGGCCCUCCUCCCAUCAGUCCCAGCAAGAGGAAGUUCAGCAUGGAGCAAGCGGACGAUGGCCUAGACUGUGAAAACGACCAUGUUACCAAGAUGAGUCGCAUCUUCAGCCCCCAUCUGAACAAGACGGCCAAUGGUGACUGCCGGAAAGACCACCGGGAGCGGAGCCGCAGCCCCAUCGAGCGUGCCGUGGCCCCUGCUGUGAGCCUGCACGGCAGCCACCUGUACGCAUCCAUCCCCAGCCUCACCCUGGAGCAGCCCCUCGCCCUGACCAAGAACAGCAUGGACGCCAGCAGGCCAGUUGGCAUUUCACCCACACUGGCCCCAGCCGAGCGGCAGCAGAACCGGCCUUCUGUGAUCACAUGCGCCUCUGCUAGCAACCGCAACUGCAACCUCUCCCACUGCCCCAUCGCGCACAGUGGCUGCGUGGCCUCCCUGCCCGCCAACUACAGGAGGCCUCCGAGCACGACCACCACCUGUGACCCUGUGGUGGAGGAGCAUUUCCGCAGGAGCCUGGGCAAGAACUACAAGGAGCCUGAGCCGGCACCCAACUCAGUGUCCAUCACAGGCUCCGUGGAUGACCACUUUGCCAAAGCACUUGGUGACACGUGGCUUCAGAUCAAAGCAGCCAAGGAUGGUGCCUCCAGCAGCCCAGAGUCAGCCUCCAGGAGGGGCCAGCCCUCCAGUCCCUCUGCCCACAUGGUCAACCACAGCCACUCGCCCUCCGUGGUCUCAUGAAUAGGACGUGUCCUUGAACAUGAUGAGAAUCUGCAUGGUUUGCCUGAGCUUUGAACCGUCAGUGCUU